UUUCCUUCUAAAGGUACAUCGCUCAGACCAUGCGCUCUCUGGCACUCCUCAUCGCCCUCGGCCUCUACUGUAUCUCGGUUUCCGCAAAAAUGCAGAACGUUACCGUAAAAGGUGUUACCGUAUGCAACAAGAAGCGAUUGGCCAAUGUCCAUGUGGAACUUUAUGAUAAGGAUACCUUGGACCCCAAUGAUCUCCUAGCCGAGAUGCACACCAAUGCCGAAGGAGAGUUCGAGCUGUUCGGACAGGAAGACGAGGUCGGCAGCAUUGAACCCUUUAUUCGUCUUACACACAACUGCAUGGCGAAGCCGGGUUGCACACGUAUCGGAGACUACAUCGUUCCUCAGUCGAAGAUCGGAGGCCUCUACGACAUGACCUACGUCACACUCGACAUCAACGUCCAUGGCGAGAGGGAGAAAUGCUAGAGUGGCAUCUUCUAGACGAAUUUUAUAUUUUUGUUCUAUCUAUUCCAUCGUAUGCCCUUCAGUAUCAUGUCUCGACAAAUAAAUAAUCUAUUUUUCA